CCUUUGUUGACCUCAAGCCAAGCCUUUUAUUUGGUGCUCAAACAAAAACACCGCUACUCACUCUUUCUCACAAAACAAACCAUCUCAUAUCAUCAUCUCCUUCACUUCUCUCUUCAUCAAUCCUCUCUGUAUCGCUAAACCACGUUGCAAUUCUUCAGAUCUACCAUUGUUCCUCACAUCUUUUGAUCAUGAUUUUUUCUAGGAUUGGACGCUCCUUGUCGCGUUCUUCUCGCGCUAGAAAUCUUUUCUGCGGUGAUGGCAGAUUGGGAACCCUAGGGGUAUCGUCGCGAACGAAUGUCGCGGCGGAAGGGGGAUUAGGGUUUUUCAGGGGAUAUGCAUCUUCUGUCGGAGCUGCUCGCAGUAGUGGCAGCCUCCUUUCCAAUUUGGCUGCUUUCAAAUCUGUUGCCGCAAACCCUAGGCUUCACCACCGCUUGUUUUCCAGCGAAGCCCCUAAGAAGAAUUAUGAGAACUUCUAUCCCAAGGAAAAGAAGGAUGCUCCCAAGGGAAACGGAAACAACGAUAAAAAAUACGAGUCUAAAGAUGAGUCGAAUACCAACUCAGAUGAACAAGGAAAUUUUCAAGAAACUUUCAUGAAACAAUUUCAAAAUCUACUCACCCCAUUGUUGGUGAUGGGCCUAUUUUUUUCAUCCUUUUCUUUUGGUCCUCGCGAGCAGCAGCAGGUUUACAACGUUUUUGGCCCUUCCCCGGAUCUUGCCAUGGCUGGUGCGCUUUAUUUGUCUUCAUUUCCUCGAGUACUUACUCUUGGGUAA